UUCUGAAUGCUGUACGUGCAUGGAGUAUCUCCAGCCACGAUUUGGCAAGAUUUAAGGGACAAACGAUCCCGUUGAGGGUUUCUUUUCCUUUUAAAGUUUUAGGCCUAAUGAGGCCGAAUAAUUAAUUCUUUUGCUUCUGUCCCUUUUCAUUUGAAUCUGCGUGAAACAAGCCGCCAUAGUGCAGUGUUUCUCAUUUAAAACAAAAGACAAUUCUCCCUUUUCAUAAAUUUUGCAUAUAUUCAAAUACGUAAAAUAAUAUUCGAAUAUUGAAAAAUCGAUCAAAUAUUCAGAUAUUCGGCACAGCACAGCCCUGAUAUUUUCCCCACUAAAUUUGAGUGUUACUGUUAGGCCGAUUGCUUUCUGAUGGAAGAAUUAAAUCAUUCACCGCUUCGAGGAGAAAUGAGCCAGUUCGCUAUUUCAAAAAAGGAAAGUCAGGAAUGAUGCACACUCGUGAGUCUGCAUUGGGCCAUGUAGGGCAGACUUCACUUGUGCAUUCAUUUUGGGCAUGUGCUGUUGGAAUACCAAUUCACUUUUGAGAGAUGCCUUCGUAUGGAAGUCUUCCCCAAAGGAAGACAAAAGAGCAGAGCAAGUUGAGACAUGGCGGAUUGUGAGAGAGCAGAUCUGUCAGGUAUGACAGUGGGCUUUGUAGGCGGAGGUAAUAUGGCGCAGUCCGUCAUCAAGGGGCUACUGAAGGAAGAUCUUGUAAAACCAGAACAGUUCCUCAUCAGUGCACCAAGCGACAAGAAUCUCAACAAGUGUAAGGCUUUGGGACUUCGUGUCACGCACAGCAAUACGGAGGUUGCACGAGAGAGCAACAUUGUCUUCUUGGCUUGCAAGCCCUAUCACAUGGUUGAUGUCAUGGCAGAGAUUGAGUCGUCGAUGGCAACAGACAGGCUCGUUGUGCCGAUAAGUGUCGGGACACCAGUAGAAAUGUUUGAAAAGGGACUACCACGUGCGCACGUCAUCCGUGUCAUGCCCAGCCUGCCCAACGAAGUGUCAGCUGGCAUCGCUGCAUACACCUCGUCCAGCAAAGCCACAACGCAUGACAAAGCCAUCGUUGAGGCCCUCUUCAAGCCCAUUGGCUUCUGUGAGGAGGUGAAGGAAUCCCUGCUGGAUAUCACGGCGCAGCUGGGCGGAGCCGCGUGCGCAUGGCAUGCCAUGAUUAUUGAGGCUCUAGCAGAUGGUGCUGUCAAGAUGGGAAUGCCCCGAGACCUAGCCAACAAACUAGCCCCCCAGUCAAUGAUGGGUGCCGCAAAGCUGAUUAUGGCUAAGGGGAUCCAUCCAGCCCAAGUGAAAGACAAUGUCACGUCACCCGGGGGGACAACGAUACGAGGCGUCCACAUCAUGGAGCAGCGCGGCGUGCGAGGGGCCAUCAUGGAUGCAAUGGAGGGUGCUGUGCUGUACGCUCGAGAAAUUGCCAAAUUGUGAUGGAAACGAGUUGCCUCUGUAGAACUGUCUGAAGUCAAUUUUUCACAUAAGGUCAAUCCGCUAAGCCGAGACCACUGCAGAGCCAAAUUUUAUGUUGAGCAAAAAUGAGCAGAGAGCCAAUCUAAAGUAAUGUCCUUUGAAUGGAUUUUGGCUGUUAAUUGGCAUUUUUUAGCAAAUAGUUUCUGUGCUUUGUGUUUCUAUGCUUUCUCACAAAACUGGUUCAAAGGAACAACCAAAUCAUUUUCCUUCUCAAUGUGCACAAAUUGAUAGAAGUGCAUGUUGGGCCUUUUUCUUAGAGCUCUCAAGCACACAAAUGUGCUACAAGUAGAAAACAUGCUCAGCAGAAAGAGGUUACCAGCCAAAGAGCAUGUGACACAUGCAACUUUACACUGGUUCCCAACUCUCUGCAGAGCAUGUAAAGUUGCUAAGCAAAGUAGGCUCUGCAAAUUAUAGGCACAUAAUUUUAGAAGUGCUCGAGUGUCCGUCAGAAGCACUGCAAUAUGCGAAGCCGACAAUUAUGGACAAAAUCAAUACUCAGAUUAUUCAAAUGAAUGCUGCAUAGACAAGUAAAAGUUAAUUGGCAUUCGCAAAUUAUUAAUUUGAAAAUAUAAGCCACUGAGAUGACCGUAUUUAUGGAGUCCUUUUCAUUUACAUAAAAAUGCAGUGUGCUACUGUAUACAUGUAAAUACACAAAUAUUUUUCCCACUAUGCAGUACUCAUUUUGG